AUGCUUUCUACCGGGCCCCUGUAUGCCAUCUCGAGUUUUAUGGGACACAAUGGCUAUCCAGGUCCAUGUGAACACAAGUACUGUGGCUUGGGGCGUCACUGUGUAGUUAACCAUGAGACAGGCCAAGGGGAGUGUAAGUGCUUGGAUCACUGUAAACCGCAUUAUAAACCUGUGUGCGGUUCAGAUGGGAAGCUGUACCAGAACCAUUGUGAACUCCACCGGGCCUCUUGUCUCAGAGGACACAGGAUUACCAUCAUGCACAGUGAAGAGUGCUUCUAUAAAGACGAUAACUGCAGACUGAGCGACUACCGUCGGCUUAAAACCAAGAUUCUGGAUUUGCAUGACAAACGAUACGUGGGGUCUAACAUCCAUGGGGCCCACACGGACAGCAUGGCUGCCAGGAAGCAACUGGUUGAUAUGAUGUUCAAACGCUUUGAUGCAGAUAACAAUGGUCAAAUAGAUGCCAGCGAACUCUCACAGGUCAUCAAGCAAGAAGGUCUGUCCAAGGAUGUCUCAGAGUGCACAUUGUUUGACCUGCUGAAGUACAACGACGUGAAUGAUGAUGAACACCUGACAAAAGAAGAGUUUUACACAGCUUUUGGUGAGUCCAAAGUUAGUUUAGUGAAAUGUUUUGCCAUUGGAAAAACACAUUACAGCCUGCAAGUUCCUCCUGUUAUCCGAGUGUACCCAGAGAGCCAAGCCAGGGAGCCGGGAGUUACUGCCAGCCUUCGCUGCCACGCUGAGGGCAUUCCCAGUCCCCAGCUGGCCUGGCUGAAGAACGGCAUGGACAUCACAACCAAGCUGUCCAAACAGCUCACCCUGCAAGCUAAUGGAAGCGAGGUGCACAUCAGCAAUGUGCACUUUGAGGACACCGGCGCUUAUACCUGCAUCGCCAAAAAUGAGGCUGGGGUAGAUGAGGACAUCUCUUCACUAUUUGUGGAGGACUCUGCACGCAAAACCUUGGCAAACAUUUUGUGGCGAGAAGAAGGUCUUGGCAUUGGUAACAUGUUCUAUGUGUUCUAUGAAGAUGGGAUCAAAGUUAUUCAGCCAGUAGCAUGUGAGAUACAACGCCACAUUAAGCCCAGUGAGAAGCUGCUAGCACUGCAGGAGGAGGUGUGCCCCACCUCACCAGGAGAGGAGGUUCAGAGGUGUGUGUGGUCAUCAGCGGUCAACAUCAAGGACAAGUUUAUUUAUGUGACACAGCCAACCUUGGAUCGAGUGCUCAUAGUUGACAUCCAGUCUCAGAAGGCUGUCCAGACGGUCAGCACUGACCCUUAUCCAGUGCAGCUUCACUAUGACAGAUCUCAUGACCAAGUGUGGCUGCUCAGCUGGGGAGACAUGGAGAAGAACUUCCCUACUCUCCAGGUGAUCAAUCAAGCCAGUGGAAGAGUCUCCCACCACACUGUUCACACACAGCCGGUCGGCAAACGCUUCGACAGGGUGGACGACUUCUUCAUUCCCGCCUCCAGCCUCAUCAUUAACCACAUCAGAUUUGGCCUCAUCCUUCAUCGAAAUGAGCCUGUUCUCCACAAGAUCGACCUGGAGACGACGUCGUAUGUGAAAAACAUCAGCUUACGGGAGUAUAACUGCAUCCCCAAGUCUGUAGCGUACACCCAUCUUGGUGGCUACUACUUUGUCAACUGCAAGCCGGACUCCACCGGUGCCACUCAGCCCCAGCUCAUCUUAGACAGUGUAACAGAUAGUGUGAUCGGCCAAAACAGUGACGUCACCGGCACACCCUACGUGUCUCCAGACGGCCACUACUUGGUCACUGUUGAUGAUGGCGACGGCCUCAUGAGGAUCCAGAAGAUCUCAGAGCGCGGAGAGAUCCAGGAGCCCUUUGACAUACACACCAACCUUCACCUGUCUGAUCUGGCCUUCCAGCGCUCCUUCACAGAAGUUCACCAAUACAACGUGUUCGGCAGCUCCGGCCGUCAAACUGAUGCUCUGUUUGUGGAGCUGAGCACCGGCAAAGUCAAGAUGAUCAAGAGCUUGAAAGAGGCCACCAAGUCAGUCGAGUGGCCGUGGAGCAGUAUGAACAGGGUAAUGGCAGGCAGCGGAUUGUUCGGACAGUACCUCAUGACCCCGUCCAGAGAGUCCCUCUUCAUCCUGGACGGGCGCCUCAACAAGCUCAACUGUGAGAUCACUGAUGUCCUCAAAGGCAAUGUGGUGAUGUGGGUUGGGGAAUCUUAGGUCAUAACAUGAAGACCCAAUGAGCUUGCUUUUUCUCAAAGGUACUAUUGCACUGAAUUCUGUUGCAGAUGUUUUAAUUUUGUGGGAGCAAUUUUGUGUGAAUACCACAGAUUCUGAAACCAAAUUGACCAAGUCCAUUGGAUGAGGGACUGUCAUCCAAAAAAAUUUUAGAAAUACAUGUGAGGGAUUAAUUGAUACUGUCUUAAAGCCAAGAUAAAACCAUUUUUUCCCACUGAGUGGUUCAUGUUUAUGUCAACAUAAAGUUGCUUGCUGGUAAUCUUUCAGGAAAAUUGGUAUGAAUCUGUAAAUUUGUGCAACUUUGCAUUAUUAUUCACAAUUGGUUGUAUUCAGUGUGUGGGAAUGCUGUAGAUAAUCUCUGAACAAAACUAAUAUUUAAGUGAAUUGGGAGAAAUAUUAUAUAUAUACACAUAUACACACACACACACACACACACAGUAUAUGUCCGAAUUAACUAUUUUAAUUUAAGUUAACCCAUCCAGAACUUUUUCCUGUGCCUUCAAGGAAAAUUCCCCUCCAUCAGAGGAAUUAGCGUAAUUAUUCCCAGUGAGACUGCGGACUACACCAUCUCCUCUGACUCCUCCAUUCGUGCUGAGUGUGGUUUCUCAUAAAGUUACCGCUCUCGUCUAUCCGUCCGUCAACACAGGCGACUCAGUCUAAUUAAAACGAGCCCUUGCUGUGAUCCCAUCCUGUUUGAAGUGGAGACUGAGAGGUUCAUUAUGGUUGUGCGUUCUGUAACCUUUGAUCCGAAAUUAUAACCAGCGUUGGAAGGUUUUGAAUUAUAUACUUUUUUUCCCUUUUUAGUCCAAAGCAGAAAAAUGUUAGUCCAAUUGUACCAGCUUUACACACUACACAUUGUGAAAUUUUAAGUAUUUAAAAGUUCCUUAGCAAUGAGUCAAUAGAGCACUCGCGUGUGAAUAAAAUCUUAUCAUAACGUCAAUAUCCCUGGACCAAAAAAAAAAGAAAAGCUAUUUAAUAGAAUAGUAUAAUAGAAUGAACUGUUGAAAACAUGCAUUGUUUGACAGCGUGUUUCAAGUGGAUGUUUUAAUGUGAAGUAAUGAUGAGCUAGCAUGCUGUGGAGUGGGGUAGUUGUAUUGUGUAGAGAGUCUUUGAGGAUAAGCUCUGAAUAUGAGAAGCAACUCUUUCUGAAUGCUCCUGCAGUAGAUACAUAGCUGGCGAGUCAAUGAAACAGUUUCCUAGCUGGACACAUUUCUAUGCAUUAUCACCCUGGCACUCUACGACUCUGUGAAUCACAAUGGGCAACUGUAUCUCAAAUUUAGUACGGACUUUUGAUGUGUACAGAUUAUAUAAAGUCAUUCUGUCUUUCCUGUUAAAUCUUACUCGUAUAUAUUUUGAUUUUAACUUUAUUUGAUCCUUUUCUUCCCCCCUCCACAUACUGUAUAUUGUUUUCGAACUUUUAAACCUGACUGUACUGCUGAUGAUGACCUCUGACCUUUCUAUUUCUGUUCUGUACAUAGCGGCUGACUGUGAAUCCACUCGUUUCCCAUUAAUGUACAGAUUCACGCAGGUUAUGUUCACUUUCUGAGCAAAUAAUCACACUCCUUUUUAAGAAUGAAAACAAACACACAGCUGUCAUUAUCAACAUCCUGUAUCCAAGAGCAUUGUGAUCACAAACACCGCUUUCACCUCCAUAUAGCCAUGUCUUGUAUGUUUCUUCAUGUGAUUGUUAUUUAUAUAGAUAAAACACGCUUGUCAUUUUACCCAACAAU